UUUGUAUAAGUUCGCCUCUAAUUCUGAAGAUUUUUGAAAUGAUUUCAAAAAUAUAUUUAGACACAAAGUCAUAACAAAGCCAAUAUGUGCGAGGUUUUAAGAGACAACCUAGAUGAUCAUAUCCAAGAUAUAGCCGAGAGCAUUAAAACAUGUUGUUUUAUAGCUAUUGAUACUGAGUUUAGUGGAUUAAAGUCCAGUCUUGAAACAAAGCCAAGUUUGUUUGAUGAUGGAGAAGAGCGGUACAGGAAAUUACGUGGAAGCUCAAGUCAGUUCCUUAUUGUUCAGUUUGGACUCUCAAUGUACCACAAGCUGCCAGACAAGAACAAAUACGAAGCUCACACAUACAAUUUCUACCUGUACCCUUCAUCCUUUGGACCUCGAGAUGUUCGCUUUCUUUGUCAGGCUUCUAGUUUUGAGUUCCUAUGCAAGCACAACUUUGACUUCAACAAGUUUGUGUACAAUGGUAUCUCAUACAUGAAUGAAGAAGAAGAAUGUGAAAUGAGGAGACACAUCUCUACAGGGAAACUCUUCCAAGGCUUAGACAGAGAAUUUGAUGAGAGAGAGUUACAGGAAUAUUGUUCAGCAGUUGCUGUGUGGCUGUCAAAGGCGAAAGAUGGUGAAACUUUUGAUCUGAAUGUGGAUAAAAGAAAUGAUGUCAUAGAGUAUAUUGUUCACAUGGAACUGAGGCAAAGGUUUGACACUGUCUGGACCAGACGUCAAGGAGACAAGAUAACAGUGGAGAAAGUACCUGCAUGUGAAAAACAGAAGCUAGAACUUACUGAUGAUUUCUCACAAGUGAAACUUGAAAAUAGGAUUAUGGAUUCUCUUCUUGGUUUCACAAGGAUAUUCCGACUGCUGAUACAACAUAAAAAGCCACUGGUUGGCCACAAUAUGUUAACAGAUCUCCUAUUGAUGUAUGACAAAUUCCACCAACCUCUACCUGACUCUUACAAAGAAUUCAAAAAUGAACUACACCGGAUUUUCCCAACAAUUAUUGACACAAAACACAUUUCCUCAAACCUCAGGAAGCUCUAUGAAGGGACUGGUUUAAUGGAAUCUACAAAUCUGAUGGAUCUCUAUACAGCUUUAAAUAGCUACAAGGGCAGGUUCAAGGUUCUGUACUCACCUGAUAUAUGUCAUGGUGAAGCAUUCUGGAGAUAUGAAAGGGACCAUCACCCACAUGAAGCAGGCUAUGACUCAUUCAUUGCAGGAAAUGUUUUCAUCAGAAUGUGCCACCUAUUGUGCAAUGAAGGAAUCAAAUCCACUAGUGCUUCUCCCAUGGAAUUCUACCAGUAUAUGAGGACCAUAGAACCAUACAAAAACAAAAUCAAUGUUAUCAGGGCAUCACUCAAUCAUAUAUGUCUCGAUGGUGAAGACCCCAUAUCUAAAAGACCAGAGUUGCUCUAUGUCCAACCAAGGAACCCAGGGAGUAAUCUCUCAUCAAGUCAGCUUGCAAUGAUGAUGUCACAGUUUGGGUCAGUGGACAUAAAAAUGCAAGGAACAAGGCAUGCACUAGUAGCUGUGGGCAACUAUAGAUGCAUGUGGGAUAUAUUGAAGGCAUACAAGAAAGAUCCAGAUAUUGCUGUAGUUAAAUAUAACUAUUGGAGACAUUCUCAAACAGCUAGAAGACUUUUAUGGAGUGGUGUUUUAUUAGGAGGUGGUAUCACACUAUUGGCUCUUGUGACUUCUAAUACAAAACACAGAUGAUCUGAAUGGAAACUACUGCAUUAGAUACUGAAAUAUAAUAUCUCUAUCAGUCAGCUGUGUGUUAUGCAUGUACUUCAUGCAUUGUGAAAUUAUAGAUUGUGCAAUCAUGGAUUUUGAGACUAGAGAUUGUGAAAUUAUGAAUUGUGAAACUAUGGAUUUUGCAAAAAACAGAUUGUGGAACUUUGGAUUGUGCAAACAACAGAUUGUGAAUUCAUGGAUUGUGAGGUUAGUGAUUGUGAAAUAAUGGAUUGUGAAACUAUGGAUUGUGCAAACAACAGAUUGUGAAACUAUGGAUUGUCCGAACAGAUAGUGAAACUAUGGAUUGUGAGAUUACAGAUUGUGAAA